UCUGCGAGUUCGUUCAUUCAUCGACUUUGUGACUUCGUUUUUCUGUAGUUCCAGUUUUCUCUUUCGGUCUCGUGCCAUGCCGUCCUCGUAUAGAGCAAUUAUAAUAUUAUUUGUAGUGAUCGCGGUUCACGCUGCUACACUUUUCGAAAGGAAACCUACCUGUAAUUGCAUUUAUUGCGAUGACGAGGUAGAGAACAGUAUGAAGGAGGCAAAUAAGAACUCGACGUCGGCGUCGCAAUUGUACAAAGAGGACAGCGACGGCGAUGGCAAUCCAAUAAUUUGCGCUCGAGAUCGCGAUUUCAAUGAUCGCACAUUCUGGAGCGUUUGUCAUAUGUUGUGUUACAAUCGCUGUCUGUUAUUACGACAUUCGACUGUCACUGUAAACGGCGAGAAGAAAUAUGUCGCGAUGGCAUACAGAAAUAAUUAUUACAAACUGCGAGAGGGCAAAUGUUGAAGGACUUGCUGCGCUUUAUAAAUUCCUGGGAUCCUGCUGUGACAUCGUGAUGUCAGCUGGAAGGGAGUAGUACGAGGUUAGUAAAUACAUUGCAAUUUAGUGAGCACUGUUAUGUAAACAAUGUUGUAAUUGA